AUGCUCCAUGAGUUGCUGCGGGGCCCAGUGCCGCCCCGCGUGCUGCCUUUGCUGGCCGCUGUGCUCUUCCAGAGGAAGGAGAGGAGGGAGACGGGCUUCUUCCACCGGCGGUGGGAGAAGCACCCUUACUACAACCUAACAGUAAAAGUUCUCCGUGCCAGAAACAUCAGGGGUACAGAUCUGUUGUCCAAGGCAGACUGCUUUGUGGAACUGAAGCUGCCCACUGCGUCUCCAGUGGUGUCGCGAACUCAGGUGGUCGACAAUUCGGAUAACCCCGAAUGGAACGAAACCUUCCAGUAUCGAAUCCACAGUGCUGUCAAGAACAUACUGGAACUGACCCUUUAUGACAAGGACAUCCUAGUUAGUGACGAGCUCACUACCGUGGUCUUUGAUGUGGGGGGUAUAAAGCCCGGCCAGCCUCUGCUGCGCACCUUCAGGCUCAACUCUGAGGCUAAUGAAGAGCUGGAUGUAGAAUUUUACUUGGAGAAAUGCUCAGAUGCCCCUACCAAGAUUCUGACCAAUGGAGUCCUUGUGGUUCAUCCUUGCUUGUCUCUGCAGGGCACUCUCAAGAGAGAGGAAAAUUCAAAAGAGAAACAGCAAGGGAGCUGUGAGGUCAAGCUGUCUGUUCCAGGGGCAUAUGAGAAACAGCUGUGUAUCCCUUGGGAACCUGACCGUGAGCAGGACUAUGGAACCUCAUUUGCCUUUCAUGUGGAUAAAGAAAUGCACCCAGAACUGCAAGUGGAGCUGGAGCAAACCAUAUCUGUCUUACAGGAUGGUGUGAACCCUGAUAUUGAGGAACAUACUACAGUUCUGGGCCUGGGGACUGUACCGUUUAAUUCCCUUCCUAACGGACAAAAAGUUGACAGGACUGUUUCUCUGGGAGAGGGACAAAGUUUGGAUAUGAGUUUGAAAGCUGAAGAGAUGACUUGGGAUCUUGAUAUUCGCCUGGGUUUUGAUCUCUGUGAAGAGGAGAGAGAAUUCUUAGACAAAAGGAAAAAAAUAGUCUCUGAGGCACUGAAAAAGGCACUUAACUUAAAAGAAUUUCCUGCAAAAGAUGAGGUGCCGGUGGUGGCAGUGCUGGGCUCUGGCGGCGGCAUGCGGGCGCUCACCUCCUUCCACGGCAGCCUCGCCGCCCUUCGGCAGCUCGGCCUGCUCGAUGCCGUCGCGUACGUGUGCGGCAUUUCCGGCUCCACCUGGUGUUUAUCUACAUUAUAUAAAGAUCCUGACUGGUCACAGAAGGACCUUCAAGAGGCAAUCAGCAGAGCUCAAGAUACUGUGUCCAGCAGCAAAGGAGGGGCGUUUUCCCCUGAGCGACUGAAAUACUAUUUCCAGGAGCUGAAUGCAAUGGAGAGUAGCGGACGGAAAGUUUCCUUCACGGAUUUGUGGGGCCUUAUUGUGGAGUACUUCCUGCAACAGAAGGAAGACCCAUCAAAGCUCUCUGAUCAGCAAGAAGCAGUGAAGUGGGCCCAGAACCCCUAUCCCAUCUAUGCAGCUGUCAAUGUGAGACCCAAUAUGAGUAGCAGUGACUUUGCAGAAUGGUGUGAGUUCACUCCCUAUGAAGUUGGGUUUCGCAAAUAUGGAGCCUUUAUCCGAACAGAAGACUUUGACAGCGAGUUCUUCAUGGGACGGAUCAUCCAAAAACGUCCAGAGCCCAGGAUUUGUUUUCUGCAAGGAAUGUGGGGCAGUGCCUUUGCUGCAAGCUUGGAUGAUAUCUGCCUGAAGGUGGUUGGCGUAGGCCUGGGCUUUCUAGAUUCUUUUAAAGAUGUCGUCAAAGUUGUAGAUGAUUGCCGAAGAUUCCAUUUUCGUGAUCCCACACGGCUGAAAACCCGCCUGGUUAUUCCCGGUGGCCCCUUGUUGCAAAUAUUCCAAGAUUUUUUCACGUCCCGAGUCACAUGUGGAGAAACUUUCAACUUCAUGCAUGGAUUGUAUCUUCAUAAAGAUUAUGUCAAUGUCAAGAAGUUUGUCGCUUGGAGAGGAACUCAUCUGGAUGCAUUUCCCAACCAGCUGACGCCCAUGGAUGAGAACUUGUAUUUGGUGGAUGGUGGUUUUUCUAUCAACUCUCCAUUUCCUUUGGUUCUUCAGCCAGAAAGGGAUGUGGAUGUCAUCUUGUCAUUCAACUUUUCUUGGGAAGCUCCUUUUGAGGUUUUAGAACUGACCCAGGAAUAUUGCAAGGAGCAGGAAAUUCCUUUUCCAAAAAUCCAGUUGAAUGAUGAAGACAAAAAGAAGCCAAAAGAAUGUUACGUGUUUGUGGAUGAUAAGAAUCCAAAGGCUCCCAUUGUGCUUCAUUUCCCACUGGUGAAUGACACCUUCCAGAAGUUCAGAGCUCCAGGAGUUAAACGUGAGUCAGAAGAUGAGAAAUCUUUUGGUGACUUUGUCAUUGAGGGAAAGGAUUCUCCUUACCGUACACUGAAUUUCACCUUUGAGCCAUAUGAUUUCAACAGAUUGGUUGAAGUGAAUCGCUACAAUGUACUGAACAGCAAAGAUGUUCUCUUGAAAAUUCUGAAUCUGGCUCUGGAAAGGAGAAAGCUAAAGAAAGUCCUCAACACGUGACUGGCUUCCUAGCUGAGGAUCCAGGAAGUCUGCAAUGUACUAAAGCUGUGUGACUCAGGAUGUUGAAAAUUAAAAGCUGGAAACUCUUCUGGGAAGUUGUACAUAUAUGACACUGAAAAUUUGCUCCAGAUAAGUGAAGCUUUUGCAAAAACCAAAGGGAUAACACUGCAGCACUGAUG